AUGCCAUGCCCAAGUCCACCGAAGCUUCAUAUUCCUGUUCCAGAUGUCCCCGCACUCCUACUGAAGCUGGAGGAGCAGGACAAGGGGCGAGUCGAUGCAGCACCAUUAGACGAAUCGAUUCAAUCCCUCGCUCGAGAGCAGCAUAGAAUACGCCUUGAAGCUUACCAAGAAGACACUCGAGUCCACGCCCUCCUCGCAGACAUCCGCUCCUCCAGCUUGGCCAGUUUGUACAAGUUCACGCCGCUGUUCAAGUUGUACGCGCGACGACGACUGAGAUCGCGAUGGCGAGUCUGGCGACAGUACGUGGCGUGGCAAGCUGAAGAGCAGCGACGUCUUGAAACUCUUGCUCCAUUUGCUGUUCACAUCCAGCGCGUCUUUCGCUUCCGCAGCCAACGCUGGGCUCGUCGUCGUCGGAACUUGGACGCGUUGUAUGCUCAAUGGGAAGCCGCGCGUACAAUUCAACGCUGUGUGCGUAAAUGGUUACGAAGGCGAGAGAGAAUUCUUCAACCAACCGUGUUGCAUGCUGCGAGACUCCAAGCUGCGUGGAGGGGGCGAGCAACGCGUAAACGGAUAAAGCACGAGCUUCAGACCCAGUUGAGACUACUGCUGGCCUCCAUCUCCCCGACUGGGAACCUCCAUCGACUGCAUGAAAUAGCUCGAGGAGAUCGCGCUCUAGCAGCAAAACUUAACUCGAUGCUGGUGCUUAUCACCGAGACGCACGUUGCUGUCGAAGUAUCUCGGGGUCAGCAGCGAACGCCAAAGUUUAACGCAAUUGCAGCGCGGAAUGCCGCGCGUCCGGUUGAAGCCACACGUCGCCAGCUUUUCCAUGCCGUUCAUGAAUUACGCCAGCUAGUGGCAAAGCGUGAACGAGACUUACAAGCAGCAAAGGAGCGGUUCUUGGAGGCGAAACGCGCUCGGCGAGAGCAGAAGCGAGCAAUUCAUGACGAAACUUUGAAGAAAGAGCUGGCACGAACUACUGAGCGACUUUCAGAAGCUCGGGAGCGUGAAAUGAUGCACAGAAUCGAGAUGGAGACGCGUGAGUUUGUGCAUGCGUUGGGUACGGUCGAGGAGGAUAUGAGAAUCCGUCAGAAGCUCAAGCGUCAACGCCGCGAGCAGGAAGAGAACGCGCUGAUGCUGAUCGAGGAGUACCAGAUGCGCUACGUGGUGGCCGAGUCUCAGCGUCGGGAGCUUGAAGCUCGAGACCGCUUGAUGGAGGUGUCCAAGCGUGAAAAGUUCCUACAGGAGCGAGCUCAACAGCAGCUAAGAGAGAUGGAGACGAUCAUGCGAGCUGAUGCAGAGAAGAAGCUGGAGAUGGAGCGACAGCGCUUGAUAGCGCAUGAAGAAGAGAAGGCACGUUGGGCGAGUUUGUCCAAGGCAGCGAAGGCUGAAGCGCAACAAAGAUUGAGACAACGAGAGAGGGAGGAAGAGGAGUUGCGCUGGCGUUUGGAAGCGGAAGAAGACGCCGAACGAGCGAAGUUUAGAGAAGUUGAGCACCAGAAGGAAGCCCUACGACGGCAAAAACACGAGGAAGUUUGUCGCGAGCAGCAAGAACGAGAACUCAUGGAGGAGGCGGACAAGAGCAGUCGUCGGUGGCAUUUCGCUGAGCGGAAGAGUUUGAUAGCAGAUCAGUGGGCUGCCAAGCGCGAGAAGGAGAAGAUGAAGUACUCUCUCGACCCCAUGCAAUUCGCCAAGAUGGAGGCGCAAAAAGCUCUGGAAGAACGCCAGCGUCGUGAAAAUCUGUUGAUGCGCGACGAAGACGCUCUCAGUCGAGCUGUCGAAGAGAAAGAGCGCAAGGAGCAGUACUUCAAGCUCUGUCGUGAGAGGAAGCGGCUUCGAGACAUCGAACGUCGACGGGAGGCGAAUGAAUCGUCCCUCAUGCAAAGUGAAGACGAUCUAGGACAAGAAACCAGACGAGCGCUACGUCAAGCGGAAGAGUACAAGCGCACGCUGGAGCAGAUGCAACAACUAGCCGACCAAGUGGCCAACAAACAGAAGGACCGACUGCAAGAAGCGAGGAACCGCAAGUUGAUGUACGACGAAGAAACUCGGCAGCAUCGCGUUCAGCAAGUGCAGCUCCAGCUUGAUCGUAUCCUCGAGAAGCGUGAGCGUGAAGCCAUGGAAGAGGAAGACAAGAGAGCUCAGAACCUCGACGCAAUUGAAGCUCGCCUACAAGAAAAAAGAGUCCGUAAAAAGCGCAACUUACGCAUGAUGAGGGAAGACGUGGGGGCUAUGGAGCGCCAGGACUGGGAGCUGGAAGGCACUCACCUGGAAAAGUUGCUCUGGUCAUCACAGGAAAUCGCAGCGCUACGGCACAUGGUGAUCGACUAUCCGAUGUUUCUGAGGGUGAACGUCGAGGUCUUGAUGGAGUUCGCUGAGAACCUGAAGGGACCGCCCCCGCUGAAUCUCCACUACGAAGCUGUAGCAGCUAAUUUGUCCAUUGAACACACCUUGACUGAAGAGAUGGUGCCGGCGAAGAAGAGAAAGCUCCGCAAGUUUUUCUAUCAUGAAUUUUACGAGGAGGACCCGAUUAUGGAGCGGAUUUACCGCCGCAGGAAUCCCCCACCGACUACCGGACCGGGCAGUACCAACCAAUUGACUCGUGAUCGCUGGAAGCGUGUGGCUGCGCAUUUCUUAGGACGUUCAUGGGGGUCAGAGGCGUCUCGAAAAGGGUUUGCACUCAUGCACAAUGGGCAGUACGAAGAAGCUUGCAAGUGUCUUCUGGAGGCGGUUCACAGCAUGCAGUACACUCGAUUCCACGAUCAUUCAGCAACUUCUUCGUAUCAAGAUGUCCCACCUGCACUGCUACGACAACUUGGACGCUGCUUGUUAAAGCAGUUUGAAGUGAGUUCAGAGUGGGGAUAUCUCAGCAAGUCCUUGUUUUUCUUUCAGCAGGCCAGCACGCACCUCGUGUUCCUCAGCAACCCGUCGUUCCUGCAAGAAAUCGCCUACGCACUGGAAUUGAACGGGGACUAUCGCCAUGCUGCGGAACUUCUUGGUAGUAUCAUCUCGUGCUUCCCCAGAUAUGCUCGACUGAUGGAGGUGAUCUUUCGAGCUGGCAUUGUCAUGUUCUCGUUGAAGAUGUUUCGUCAAAGCCGUGAAUAUGUCCUACACACCAUGGAUGCUUCGCCUUUCGGCUGGGAAUCCUUUGAUAUUGUCUUCCUGGCUGCUCGAAUCAUGGAGUUAGAGGGAAAGUCCAGUCGUCAGCUAUGCGCGGUGGCAUACGACGACGCAUAUAGCAAAACUUACCGGGGGAAUCUGCACUCCGUUCAUCACACAUGGCAAGACUGGAUCAAAGCUCCUGAGACCUGGCGGGAAGCCGGGGAUCGCUACUUCCAUCAACGAGAGUACGUGCUGGCGAAAGAUGCGUACCUGGUGAUGAGGAAGCGUCAGACGCACAAGCCUUCAGAGUUAACCACUAAACGGAAGGCGGUGAUGGCAGCUCUUCGUCGACAGCAAUCACAGCACGAGAUAGAUGCUGUCUCGAAGCUCGACGACUCGGACUGGAUGCGCUUGAGCUGCUCGUUUGCGAUGCUGAAUGACCGAGCAACGGCUAUCACAGCUUUGAGCAAUUGGCUCAACGCUGGCGGUGGAUACCGAGCACGAGUGGCGGAGCGCUUGCUUCGCUGGCCUCUUGUGAGUGGUUAG